AGGAGAAAGUAGAUGGACAGUUUUCAAACACUCAGAUGAGCUACAAGCUCAUGUGCUGUCUUUCCUUGAUUUCCUACUUUGAUUUGAAGGCACGUAUGAACCUGCAUGACUCCCGAGCUUGUUGUAGUAACUGUGGAAGACAGCAUAGACGUAGUACGUGCUUCAAGGUCUCCUUCGAACUUUUGCUCUGCCGUGACCUACAUUAUAAACUAAUCUUAGUCUUUUCUUGGUAACUUGGAAGUGACAUUAUCUUGAGCAUGGCCUCUCCUGACCUCGACAUAGUCAUUCGGUCACCUACUGGGAAAGAGAACGACUUCUCUAUAGCAUGCCAUGAAGAAUGGAGCGUUAAGGAUGUCAAGCAUCACAUCUCCCUAGAGUACCCAUCGAAACCGCCCGUUAACACGCAGCGGAUUAUUUACCAAGGGAAACUGCUUCUUGAUGACCAGCUCAUUAGGCAUGUUCUCCAACCAGUUCCUGGUGGUGAGUCGGCGGAUGAGAAAGCACGUAUCUUUUUCAUGAUCAGCAGUGGUUCAUCUACUAGUACCCCACCAUCACCUGCUGUGCAGGCAACAUCGCUGGAGAGAGGCAUGUCAUGCCCUGCCUCACCACCUCGACGAGACCCGCUGUCUGCAGCCAGCAGUACGCGGCGGUCACCGGCUACCCCUGUCACACCCAGUGCAGCAACACCUGGCCAGGGGACUACUGGUCUUCGUUAUCGGGGUCCAGCUGUGACAGAAGGAACUGCUGCAUCGCCUACUCCAUCAACUGAAGAAAGUCGUCCGGCUGCCUCUGCUGCUCCUCAGCAGCUUCAGGAACCGCCGCCACUAGCAGCAACGGCGGGCAUGGCAUCGACUGACACCAGCUCACCAUCUUCCAUGCCAUACAAUAACUGGUCUAAUCCCACUGCCUGGGCAAGUUCUGCCUACUCUGCCUACCCGUCACUGAGUGCUGAUCAGCAGGCGUACAUGUCAGCGUACUACCAACACUACGGCGGUGGCACUGCGUCCUACAUGAACCAGUCCAUGUGGCAGGCGUACAUGGCGUCCGCUGCAGCUGCUGCAGCAGCACAUGCGUCCACUGCUUACCAAGGAGCAUCUCCGUAUGCGUAUCCCGGUGGCAUGGUCCAGCAAUACCCAAUGUUUGCAGCACCUCCCAAUGCUGGAGUUGCGCCAGUACAGCAGCAGCCGGUGGCACCAGCUCCCGGGCCCGCCGUCGCAGGCCAGCCUGCUAAUCGCCAAGCACCAGCAGCACAGCGGCAGCAAGAGCGACAGCCGCCCAUGGCUGCCGCGCCAGGCGCCAACGCUGGUGGUCUGCUGGGCGCGGUGGACAACGACGAGGAGGACAAUCAACAGCCGCGUCUCUUGCGCUUCAUUGGGGCCGGUUUUCGCAUGGUUUUGAUGAUGAGCGUUCUGUAUUCUCUAUGCACACCGGUCCGCUUCACUAUCCUGCUGGUUGUUGCUGCCGUUAUUAACCUCUACCAGGCCGGCUUCUUCAACUUGCGCCGUGCUGCACAUCGCAGGCCGCAAGCUGCUGAUCCAGAUGUCAUUGAAGCACUGGCCGACUUCCGCAGGCGUGCUCAAAACCAGGGGCGUGGAAAUCAGGAUGCUGCUGCUGCUGCUGCUGCCGCUGCUGGUGGUGAUGCAGUCAAUGUAGAACAACCCAACAAUGAUGCCACUGGUGCUGCUGCUGCUGCUGGCAGUGGUAGUGGUAGUGGCCAAGGUGAUAGCAGUGAGGACAGUGACUCCAAUGAGGAGGCAGACGGCAGCAGUGGUGAAAGCAGUUCAGAGGAUGCCAGUGAUGCACCGCCUGUUGCACCACCGCGCCCGCAGCCGUCCACAACGCAGGUUGUUGUAGCGGCUUGCAAAGCGUUUGUAACCUCACUGUAUCUUGAUCCCGAUGUUGCUGCCAAUUAAAUCUGGGGAACAUUUGUUUGUGCAAUAUUCACAUUCUCUCCAUGGUAACGUCUGUUGCUUCAAUUUGCUUUGCUGAGUGUCUCGUUGUUAUAGUGAUUUCACACAUCCUGUAUGAGUAGAUCACACUGUUUUCUACGGUUUGUAAUGCGGUUUUUUUUAUUAACCAAUUUUCAAAAUGUACAACUACCUCAUAAUAUCGCAUUUCUCCAAACCAGAUUCAUUUUUACGGCAAUUCCCCCAUGUUGUGUUUCCCCUUUCUCGUCCUGUGCGUCGUUUCGUGUUGUCUUACUAGCUUGCUGCUAUCCAGCUGAUGCACCACUUUAACUCUGUGCUUUCCUCUCCUGUCGUCGUUAGUGCGUCCACACACUGGCUGCACACCAUUAUUACACUGUACUCCAUUACUACACACUGGAAUAUGUUUUACACUUUCACAGCAUACAAACAAUAGAGCUAUUGGCUCGGCAAUAUUAUUAUUUUUUUACAGUAUUCAAAGAGUCUCCCGCGAAGGUGAGAGCUAAAUAUACUCGUACUUGAAGUAAACGCCAGAUAUGUUCAAAUGA